UGAGUGCCACGUUGAUGGAGACCAGUGGGGACGUGGAAAUCUGUCUUGAGUCUGCAGCAGCCGGGACCCGGUGUAGCCUCCUCUUCUGUGUUUUUACAGCGUCAAGCAGAAGUGAAAGGGGAACUUAAAACGGGAGGAGGCUGUUUGUGUUUGUCAUCUUUUUGUUUAUGUGUGCGUUAAUGUAAGAAGCAGAAACGAAGGAUGAAGCUCAAAGAGAUCAACCGCACAGCCAUCCAGAGCUGGAGUCCUGCACAGCACCACCCCAUCUACCUUGCAACAGGAACAUCAGCCCAGCAGCUGGAUGCCUCCUUCAGCACCAAUGCCUCCUUGGAGUUUUUCGAUCUCGACUUUACUGACCCGAGUCUGGGCAUGAAGUCGUGCGGCAGCCUCGCCUCCUCUCACAGAUACCACAAACUGGUCUGGGGUCCGUACGGGAUGGAUUCCGAAUCCCACCCAUCGGGGGUCCUCAUCGCAGGGGGAGAGAACGGCAGCGUGAUCCUGUACGACCCCGCCAAGAUCAUGGCUGGAGCGAGCGACGUGAUCAUCGCUGAGAGCGAUCUGCACACGGGGCCGGUGAGAGGGCUCGACGUAAACCCCUUCCAAACUAACCUGGUUGCUUCAGGAGGGAAUGAUUCUGAAAUCUACAUCUGGGACAUGAAUAACUUCGGCUCUCCAAUGACACCAGGACCAAAAUCUCAGCCCGUGGAGGACAUCAGCUUCGUGUCGUGGAACAAGCAGGUCCAGCACAUCCUCGCCUCCGCCAGCCCGAGCGGCCGAGCUCUGGUGUGGGACCUCCGCAAGAACGACCUCAUCAUCAAAGUCAGCGACCACAGCAACAGAAUGCAUUGCUCUGGACUGGCCUGGAACCCUGAAGUCGCCACUCAGCUGGUGUUGGCCUCAGAGGACGAUCGGAUGCCGGUCAUCCAGAUGUGGGAUUUACGUUUUGCUACCUCUCCUCUCAAGAUUUUAGAGAACCACACACGGGGUGUUCUUGCCAUCGCCUGGAGCUUGGCUGAUCCCGAGCUGCUCCUGAGCUGCGGGAAGGACAGCAGGAUCCUCUGCUGGAAUCCAAACACAGGAGAGGUCGUGUACGAGCUGCCCACCAGCAGUCAGUGGUGCUUCGACAUCCAGUGGUGUCCCCGGAACCCGGCGGUGCUGUCGGCUGCUGGGUUUGACGGACACAUCGACAUCUACUCCAUCAUGGGCGGCAGCAGCCAGGCGCAGAGCCAGAGAGACGCUGACAAGAUUAGUACCUCCUUUGGGAACAUGGAUCCUUUCGGGACAGGUCAGACUCUGCCCCCCCUGCAGCUGCCCCAAACUUCUGCCCCUCCAGCGACAGUCACUCCCCUGAAGAAGCCCCCAAAGUGGAUCCGCAGACCCGUCGGAGCCUCGUUUGCUUUUGGUGGGAAGCUGGUUUCUUUGGAGAACGCAAAGCCCAACCCCCAGCAGCCUCAGCAGCCCGCCGCACGGGUCGUACACGUCAGCCAAGUCGUUACAGAGACCGACUUCUUGCGGCGCUCCGAUCAGCUGCAGGCCACGCUGAGUGCAGGCAGCUUCGUGGACUUCUGCCAGGGAAAGAUCGACGCGGCUGAGAACGAGUUUGAGAGGACUGUUUGGUCUUUCCUCAAGGUUAAUUUUGAGAGCGACAUCCGCAGCAAGUACCUGGAACUUCUGGGCUAUAACAAGGAGGAGCUCGCCUUGAAGAUUUCUGCAGCAUUAGAGGAAAAGCCUGCCGACCCUCCACAGCUUAUAGCAGCACCAGAGGAAAUAUUCACCGAGCCGCCACAGCUUUCAGCAGCACCCGAGGAGUUACCUGCUGAUCCUCCACAGGUGGAGGUUCCAGCUCCUGCAAACCUGCAGCCUUUACCAAACCUCUUUGUGCCUCUUGUCGACAAUCCUGAAGCAGCGUUCGACUUGAUCGCUGCUGCAAACCUCCAGCCUGCACCAGCACUGGAACUACACUCCACUCCUGACCCGGAACCUGAAGAGGUUUUAGAACCUGAAGAGCCAGCAGCAGCAGCAGCAGCUGAUCCAGAGGACGCGCCCACCAUUGAACCAGAAGAAAUUGUUGACCAAGUUCUUCCAGAGGGGGAAGCAGAGGAGGAAGAGAUUCCCCUAGAGGAGGAGGAGGAAGCUCCAGUGGAGGAGGAGCCCAGUCCUGCAGAGACCUCAGCUCCAGUCGAGGAACCCGUCGAGGUUCAAGCUCCAAUCGAGGAACCCGCCGAGGUUUCAGCUCCAGUCGAGGAACCCGCCGAGGUUUCAGCUCCAGUCGAGGAACCCGCCGAGGUUCAAGCUCCAGUAGAUGAACCCACCGAGGUUUCAGCUCCAGUAGAGGAACUUGUGCAAGCUCCCGCUCUAGUUGAAGAACUUGCUCAAGCUCCAGCUCCAGUUCUCAUUGAGGAACCCGUUGAGAUCCCAGCUCCAGUUUUAGCUCCAUCUCCUGUUCCCGCUCCAGCUCCUGCUCCUACUCCAGCCCACGAAGGAGGAGUCAAUCUCAGCAUCAGUCAAGAUGUGGACGGUCUGAUCACACAGGCCCUGCUCACCGGAGACUUUGAGGGAGCUGUGGAGCUCUGUCUCCAUGACAACCGCAUGGCAGACAGCAUCAUCCUGGCCAUCGCCGGCGGGCCAGAGCUCCUGGAGAAAACCCAGAAGAAAUAUUUUACCAACACACACAGCAAGAUCACUAAGCUGAUCAGCGCGGUGGUGAUGAAGGACUGGCACGACAUCCUGCAGACGUGUGACCUGCACAACUGGAAGGAGGCUCUGGCUGCUGUCAUGACCUACGCUAAGCCCGAGGAGUUCUCGUCCCUCUGCGACCUUCUGGGGGGCAGACUGGAGGCAGCACAGGACAUUCACCUACAAGUCCAGGCCUGUCUGUGUUUUAUCUGUGCUGGAAACGUGGAGAAACUAGUGUCCUGUUGGACCAGAGCUCAGGAUGGACACUGUCCCCUCUCUCUGCAGGCCCUGGUGGAGAAGGUGGUGGUGCUGCGGCGUGCAGUCGAGCUGACGCAGCAAUCCGGCGCCGCCGCUAUCGGCAUCCUGAUGGCCGAGAAGAUGAGCCACUAUGCCAGCCUGCUCGCCUCUCAGGGCAGUCUGUCCACCGCCAUCACCUACCUGCCUGACAACACCAACCAGCUGGCCGUUCAGCAGCUCCGCGACCGUCUCAGUCGAGCUCUGGGACAGACGGCAGCACCCGCGGCUCCGGCACAGACCCAGAGAGUUCAGCCUCAGCGGCCUGCCAUGACUCAGGUCCAACGCGGACUGCCUCAGCACCCGUGCUUCCCCGUGCAGCCCCCGAUGGUGCCUCAGCCCUCUGCAGCAGCUCCCGCACCUACACCUGCAGCCUCCGCCCCCCCGCAGCAGCAGCAGCAGUAUUACCAGCCCGUGAGGGCUGCCUCCACUGUCACCUCGUGGAGUAACCAAACUCCCACAGCCCUCCCCAAUGUCCCUCCUCCUCCUCUUCAAGCAGAGCAGAAGGCGGAGACUUCAAACCCGUACGGGAUGCCUCCCUCCGCCUCUGCCGCAGCGCCUCCACCUUCCUCCGCUCCUGCAUACAUGCUCUCCCAUCAGUAUCAGCGCUACCCUCAGGUCAGCCAGUACCCCCCUGGAACUGGGGGGGCUCCUAUCUAUCACCCUCUCCAGUACUCCUCCUCCUCCUCCUCCUCCUCCUCUGCCGCUCAUCCUCCUGCAGAGCCUCCUGGCUUCCUCUCUCAGUACACUCAACAGCCCGUCCCCUCUCAGUCGGCUCCUCGGGUCUAUCCGGGUCAACCUUACAGCAGCCAGUGCCUCUCCUCCUCUCCCCCUUCACAUCCUCCUUUCUAUCCAAACGCUGCUGCUGCUGCUGCAUCCUCCUCCUCCUCCUCUUCCUCCUACUAUUCUGCUCCUGCAUCGUGCGGAGCGUCUUUCCAGCAUGGCGGGCCAGGAUCUCCUGCGUCGUACAUGCCUCCUCCUCCACCGUGCGGAGUCUCAGGACCUCAGAACGGCUGGAACGACCCCCCGGCUCUGAGCAGAGCAUCAAAGAAGAAGCAGGUACCACAGAACUUCUACCCUCCUGCCCCCAUCACUGCUCCCAUCAUGGCUCCUCUGGGUGCGGACCCUCAGGCCCAGUCGGCCCCCUCUGGCCCUCCUCAGGCCAUGGGACAGGGUGGGCAGCAGGGUGCCCAGGUCCCUUACUCAGGCAUGCAGCAGCAGCAGCAGCAGCAGGCGCUCUCACCUCCACCCAUGAACCCUGCCAUGCCCAAGACCAGUAUGGAGGGAGCACCAGGAGCACCGACUGGAGAUUUCAUACAGCCUCUGCAGUCGAUCCCCGCAGAGAAGAUCCUGAAGAAGCCGAUCCCCGACGAGCACCUGGUCCUGAAGACCACGUUCGAGGGUCUCAUUCAGAAGUGCUUGGCUGUAGCCACAGAUCCCCAAACUAAGAGGAAGCUCGAUGACGCAACCAAGCGGCUUGAAGCGCUCUAUGACAAACUCCGAGAGCAGACGCUCUCUCCCGCCAUCGUAGGAGGACUUCACAACAUCGCCCGGAGCGUCGAGUCUCGAUCCUACACCGAGGGCCUCAACAUCCACACGCACAUCGUCAGCAGCAGCAACUUCAGCGAGACGUCGGCGUUCAUGCCCGUCCUCAAGGUGGUGCUGACACAAGCCAACAAACUCGGGGUCUGAAAAAAAAAAACUCAUCUGAGCCUUCGACCUGUUGGACCGGUCAGGGGGGGGGGGGGGGUCGAGCUCGUUUCACAGGGAACUCAAUUUGAUCGGGAGGAAUUCUGACGAGUGUGGAAAUGUUGUUUAGGGUUCCUCUUUGUGCCAUUCAUGUUUUGAGACGUAACAAAAGCCAUGCUGUCAGCGGCACUCAGUGGUGAAAGUAAAUUCUGAGCCCGAAAACGGUUAAAGGGCUACAGACGGUUUAAUUCAACUACCACCUUCAUGCUAAUGCUAAUAACACAAGUGAUUUAAACAUGUUGGCAAACAGAUUCAUGAGUGAGAAUCUAAUGAAAUUAUAAAGCAGCAUAAAGUCUAAACAGACAAAAGGGCAUUUUAUAAAUGAACAUGUAGAAACUUCAUUUACCGAGCAGUGUUAAUCAGGAAUGGAAACAAAGAUAGGGAAAGUUAAAAAAUGAGGUCUGGGGCAUUUCUGUCAGCUUGUGUCUACACGAUGAAAUUAAACGUCACCACUUAAUAAAUCAUGGAGGUCAUCGCGGUGGAUUCGGCAUCAGUAGCAGCAUGCUUUCUGUCUCCAAAGUGUGAAAUCACGCAAACUAACAAAUCGUCUAGAAUAUACUCGCUUAUCAUCUUUAUAACCGUUCAGUACUGUUGCACUACAACAAUGCUUCAUUACCGUUUCAUCCUUUAUAAAUACAAAGAACUUUCUCUGGAGAGAAUAAAAUCAUGCUUUCUGUUUACAUGUAAAUGCAUCUCCGCCUGCAUGCACUUUGCUACGGACCUUAAAAUGAAGCUGCAGAGUAGAAUGGGAAGACGUCCUUUUUUAUUUAUUUUUUUUAAAGCAGGACACGAUCGUAAUAAUCGGCUUCACAUUGGUAGUUGGACUGAAAACUUGGAACAACCUCUAUCUUUCAUUUAAAGUAGAAUUUAGAUUGAGUUUUUUUAAAUAUACAAAACGUGAUCUUUUUUUCUAUUAAAACCUGUUUUUAAAGCAAAGUUAUGGUGAAUCAUAACAGAUCAAUCAAAGUCAUUUUUAAGAGAAACUUUCUGGAUGUAUCUUCAAACAGAAACAGAAUUUGAAAAGAUGAAUUCAGUAUUUCAUGAUAGGAAUUUGAGUCUUAAAAAAAUGUGCAAGUGUCUUAAAACAAUGAGUUAGUAUUUUGAUCUAAACGAGGAAAUAUCUUCAAAUUAAAAGCACAAAUUUCAAAAUAAUGAGCCAGAAAUCAUGUAGAAAUAUUUCAGAAUAAUAAAUCGGUAAGUUAAUGUCAUGUUAUGGGCAGAAUUGGGAGUUGGAUUUUCAAAAUAAUGAGCCAAUGUCUCUUAGAAAAAUGAAUUGGUAACUGGGGCGCCAGAUAGCCUAGCGGUUAUGUCGUGCGUCACACGUGCAGAGGAUAUCGUCCCCGUCGCAGCGACCUCGUCCCCCUCUCUCUCCUCCAAACAUUUCCUGUCUCUCUUCGGCUGUCCUGUCUUAUAAAAGACAGAAAAACCUAAACCUAAAAAUAAAGACUUAGCGUCUCAAUACAACGAGUUUGUAUUUCUAAAUUUGUUUGUGUUUAAAAAUGAAAAACUGAAAAGACAGAUGCACCUACAUUGAACUCCUUCAACAGAACAAAAUAAAACAAAUGAAAUAACAAGUUAGUUUUUAGAAUUUAAGAUUGUUUGUUGACAUAAUAAGUUAAAAAUCUCAGAACAAAAAUUCAGUCCGUCAAAGAACAAAUAACCGAUUCCACAUGUUCCUUUCCUCUGGAUUCUUGGUACGCAGUGGAAGAGGUACUUCUGACUUCUUUCUUAUGAUUUUUUUUUUUAGAUGCCAAUCAUUCUCUCUCUCAAAGUUUCUCAUUAUAAUGUCAAACUGCAUCGUCAUUCUAACUCUAAACUACUACUGUCUGAUUUCUCCGGCUUACUUUCACCACUGCUGUCGCUGCAAACUACACAUUGGACCAAGAUAAAUGUCAGCGCGUGUGGGAUUUGUAGUCCCAUACGAGGGGGAUGUUUAAUGUUUUAUUUCAUUUUUUUUUUAAACAUGUUUCAGUGUAACCAUGCAGCUCAGCAGAGUGGACUUUUUUUUAAAACAAGACGCUGUCGCUUUUAGGACAUUUGUAGAGUACGCAUGCUCAAACAAACGCUACAGUCUUCUUUGAUGGCAUUGGAGGUAAUUACGUGCUAAUUAAUCCCACCUCAGAGGGAAACUGGAAGGAGACUCGUGCUUGAUUUUCAUUCCAACUACGAUGAGGGCUGCAGUCUGAGUGGUCAACCACACUUUAUGUUGUUAAUAAAGGAAAACAAGUCUUUGUUUUAAGAUUGACAACAUGCAAUAUUUUCAAUAAAUAGUAUUUAUUUACAA